AUGGCAAUGCUCCCCACUGCUUAUGCGGAAGUCUGUAGUGGGCUGUGGUUUUUCUCUAGAACUCGUGUUCACGUGUUCCAGGUUCUGGCGAUCAACCGUGCCGAGGGCCGCAAAUUCAUUCGCGUGAAGCUCGACUUUCCAGCUCGUCUCAUCUCGCGCAUCCGUGGUGUCAUCUCCGAGAGCUUCCUCCACGGCGUCCACCCCACUCACCACAAUCUCUUUUGGGCCGCUUUCGACGACGGCUGGAAACGCUUGAUGAAACCCUACCUCACGAGGAAGUUAAGGUCGAACAUCACCUCCAGGGCACACGACCUCUCUCUCGCCGUCUUCUCCGAUAAUUUGCGUCGCCUUCUAAUGACCGCACCCCUUCGCAACGCCCCCCUCACCAGCGCAGGCGACAUCAACGGCAUCCACCACCAGCAAUCGUCGACAGGUCCACAUUUCAGUCGCGUGGAUCCCCAUUACAACGUGGUCUCGUCCAGUCUUGAUGCGCCCGGUGAUCGACUGUCCGUGGUUGGCCUUGACCCUGGCUGGCGCCACGGCACCAAGUGGGCUGCAUGUGACCCUCUGGGGUGCGUGCUCGCCUCUGGAGUCAUCCACGUGACCAUGUCCGGUAGUCAGCUGAAAGCCGACGCUGGUUCCCCACCCCACAAACCAGAAGCACACUGA